AUGGAUCCAUCACAGCCAUCUGGCACCGGAGAAGCGUCAAAUCCUGUUCCAGCGGCGGCACAGGAAUUCGAUGUGGAAGAUGUCGAUCCGUUAGAGCAGCUGGAGGAGCUUAGGACGUAUGAGGGGAUCAUGGCGGGUCAUGUCUGGCCAAUCGAUCGGUCAGAGGCGGAAGCGGCUCUGUCACGGGCGGAGAUGGGAGGUCAGGCUUCUACGGAGGGAGGCACAAACGGGGAAGAAGGGCCGAUCCGUCGCAGAGGAAGGGGAUUCGCGCACUCCCCUCCGUCCGGGUCUUUCGUUUUCAUCCGCCCAGCGAGCGGUAGCACCAACCCGGUCGAAGGCUCCAGUGCCAAUGGCAUCGCACCGCUCCAGCCUCCCGCAGCCUCCUCAUCGUCCCAACCUAUUCCCGGUAAUAAUCCAACGUUAACGACCCUCGCAGCAGAUCAGGAAAGCAGGCCUGCCAGAUCGGGAUCUGCUGGAAGCGCCUUUGCUCGCUUGUCCCCGUAUGCUGGUCCAUCGGGCUCCUCGGGUAGCGGGUCCGGAGCGGGCGUCGGGACAGGCUCGGGAUCUCGAGCUCUGGUCGGCAGGUCUCACCUACUGAGCGGCAAUCCGUUCACGCAAACGUCCGUCACUUGGCCCGAUGGCCAACGCGGCCCAUCCAGUGGGUCCAGUCGCAUGCGCGCUCAUCUCGGAGCUGACCGGGAUCAAGAUGCCCGAGGUCAUCUCACCCGCGCAGAGAUAACCGCAGACGCUCACGCUUUUGCGGACGCCGCCGCCAGCGCAUUGAGCCGGGACGUCAGGGCAGCGCGGCGCGCUGUCACCGAGACGGCGAGGACGGCUCUGAGUGCAUGGGAGGCGGUCGCAGUACAAGACGAAGCGGCAAACAGAGGUGGGGACGACGGCUUUGCUGCUGGGUAUGGGACGUAUGGAGCUGAGGCGCGCCCGGGAACGAGGCGGCGCAGGCGGCUACUCCAGUAUGCAAGGGACGAGCUCGAUCAUGCGCUCAGAGACGACCUCGGAGACGAUGAUCAUUCCGACGACGGGAUGGAUCUCGACGCGCCCUGGCGGAGCAUGUAUACGCACGAUAAUGGUCCUCUUCCGAAUCUCGGGGACUACGGCGGAGACCAUCCUUUAGGCCCGGGAUACGACCUCGAGUCCGAGUCGGAGGACGAGGACGAGUAUGACAACAUCCCCGGGAUCGGCGGUUAUCGGGAUGGGGCGUACGUCAGGGACCCCGAGUGGAUGGCGGAAGUGGCCGAGGAUGAGGGGAGGAGGCACGGGGCGAUUGAUCGUGGGCCAUUGACUGCGAGGCAAGUGAUAAUGACGGAGGAAAUGAGGCGGGAGGCGGAAGACCGGGCAUCCCAAGACCCGCUCGACGUGAUCGGUACGGCUCGGCCAUCUUUCCCUCGGCGUCGGGCGGACCGUCCCCCGGGUUUCCCCUUUCAAAAUUCGCCAGCUGCGGCUUCGGGUUCAGGCGCGGCCUCGGGCUCAGGGACCGGCUCGGCGGCACCGGCGGCACCGGUACCUCGAGCGCGAGUCCCACGAAUGUCUCUCGGAACAGAAGAGCUCGAAGCGGAGCUAGAUGCCCAGGCGCUGGAAGAUGAGGAAGCGGACGAAUUCGAUGACGCAAUCCGCAGAUUGCGAGACCAAGAGCGAGCUCAGGCUGCGCGGGGAACGACGCGCGAUCAAGUCAGGCAGAGAUUCUCGAAUAUCCUCCAGGAUCAGUAUCCCGAUCCCGAAUCGAGGCCUAGCUGGAUGCGGGGUAUAGGAGAAGGAGCGGCAGGAGUGAGCAGGGGAGGUAACAAUAUGCGGAGGAGGAAUAUUCUUCAAGACCUUAUUGCGAGGGGCCGGGCGGGCGAUGCGGCUGCGUCUGCAGGGACGGGAGGUGGGGCGACGGGAGCGGCAGUCAUGCGGCGAACUACGGGAUCAGCGCGGACAGGACUACCGGCUACCAACCUCGACUCUGUUAAUCUUAUACCGCUUGUCCGGUCGACACUUCCUCUGCCCGCCAGUCAGCUCAGCACACUGGCCCGAGGUCGAGCUCGGUCAGUCGGCGCUGGCGAGGGUGAAGAAGCGGACGGACCGGCCAGCAAGCGCCGCCGGCUCGAUGUGAACUCAGCUACCUCUACCACUCCGAACAUCCCGUCUCGGCCGACCUACCUCUCCCACUCUACGCUGGACCCCUCCAUACCCCUUCCUACGGCCUUUAUCGCGCCCAAACCAGGCUCCCGACUCGUCCUUACCCUCCAUACCCCAACAUCACUCCCCUCUACGGUCUCCUCCUCGGCACCAUCAUCCGCUCCCCCCGCCACCGCCCUCGCCACCGCUUCUGCUUCUGCUGCCGCGCCCUCGCCCUCGUGGCCCCUCAUUACCUUCACCUCCCAUCCUCCCGCUACCAACACCGACGACGACGCCGCCCUCCUCCGUACGUCCAUCUCCAUCCCCCAGGGCGCCGGGGUAUACUACUACGAGUGCAAGAUCAUCGCCUCGGGUCCGGAGGGGUACAUGUCCCUCGGAUGGGUAUUGGCGGGCGUACAUACGGGCCGGCUGGUCGGGUGGGAUAUAGGUAGUUGGGGCUGGCAUGCGGAUGAUGGGCGAUGCUUUGAGGGGAGUGGGAUGGGGCGCGCGUUUGGAGAGGGGUGGGGAGUGGGUGACACGGUCGGCGCUGGAGUCGACUUUACCACUCGCAGAUCAUUCUUUACCAAAAAUGGCAAGCUUAUCGGCCACGCAUUCAAGGAGCUCCCCCUCUCUGGCCUCUACCCCGCCAUCGGUCUCCGCAACCCAGGCGAAAGCAUCGCCGUCAACCUCGUCGGGCCCUUCAUGUACGACAUCGACGCGUACACUCUGCGUAUCCGGACGGGCGUCCUGGAGGAGAUGCGCUCGCGUGCUGUCCGGGCCGUACCGAUGAUCCCCAGAGUCCGCUUCUGGGCGCCCAAGAAGCCGGAAGAGCAAUUCGGGAUGGGGAUCAAGUUGGAGGAGACACUCCCUGGUCAAGCUCCCGAGGCUCCACCAGUCACGGUCCCGCCUGGCCAGCGUGGUCCGGCUCUGUCGAUAGCCAUCCCGGGAUCGUUGGCGGCGGCGCAAACGAGUCAACAGGGAAUGAUGGCGGGCGCGGCCCAAGAUGCGCAGGCAACCACACACGGCCGGACCCUGGCUCAACUUGCCGAGGUGGCCCAGCGGAACCGGGCUGCUCAGCGGGCUGCCAGCGCCUCCCCGGCGACGGCCUCAGCUGCUACACCUGCGGCGGCCCCGGCAUCGGCACCUCCUGCUUCUGGCGCGCCCGCUCCCGCCGCUGAAGCGGAUCUGCCCCAUCCAAGCUAUCGGGCUCAACUCGCUUUCGUUCUCAACCACCUCGGUCAUGCGGGACACGAUAAGGUCCGAGCCCUCAUACUCCGGGAUAUCGCUAAACGCGUACACGCAUCAACCGCUCGAGCCGGCGCAGCUGCCACGAAGGCAUCCUCUGACGAUGUUCCAGGCGAGGCGCCUCCCGCCGACAGCCCAAGCGAAGCGCCCUCUGCCGAUCCUCCCAAGCCCGGCCCGACCAUCGCAACCGGCGCACCGGUUCUCGGCGCAGCAACGGCCUUUACACCAGGUAAUGAAGCGGCUGCACAGCGGAAACGGAUCGACAACAUCGCCUCGGUGCUGUUCCGCGGCGGAAUGCUGCGUGGUCCACCUGGGUGGCUGCAGGGUAUGGGUGCGGGAGGACUGGAAAGGCGGGUCAAGAUCUCGAAUUUGGUAUCUCUCGCUCAGAAGGCGGGGGACGCUGCUUCAUCUGUCGAGAAGGAGGGUCAACCGAGCGAGUCACAUACACCGCCAGGAUCCGGAGAGGAGGAUGGGAUGGAGGUGAAUGAGGAGGCUAUCAAGCUGGGAAGGGAGCUGCUCGUCACUGCCAGAGAAGAAAAGUGGGACGCGGAAGAAGUCGCGAUGCUGAACCAGGCGUUUGCGCUGGUUUGCGGGAUAGACAGCGCGGCUGGUGGAGCAGCAGGUGGGCAGGAAGGAGAUGUAUGGGCCAAGAGGCGGGCAGAGUGGAGUGAAGAGUUGAGGCUUGUACUGCGCCGCAAAUGGGGCAUGUCAGACCACUCUUUCCUUCACAACUUGAUCCGAUACUCGCAUGCCCUCACCGAUGCCGUGUCGGCUGUGGAUGGUAAAGGGGCGUUUGUCCGAGUGGGGGAGUUCCUCGAGGGGUAUGGGAUGAAGGAGGGAGAUAAGAAGGGGAAGGGGCAAGAUAAGGGGAAGAGGAGGGAGGUGGAUGAUGGGGAUGUCGAGGUGGGGGAUAAGGAGAUGGUGGAGGUGGCGUAG